UGACCAGCCCUCGCCCUCUCUCUGCCAGGUCUUCAAGAGGACUGGCGCCUUGGUUAAGGGCCUAGGGCCCCCGCCCCGUCCCCCUGACACACCAUGGCGAAGGAUGGGGGAUGCUGCCACCUGUGUGCCACCUGCCUCCUGUGCCUUUACAGCUGCCACUGGCAUCGCAGCAAGAAAGGCCUGACAACCAGCAAGUGCGACUGUGCCUGGUUCUUCUUCCUCUUCUGCGUGUGCCUUUUCACCCUGGCCUGGCUCUAUCUUGGCCUCGUCACCCUCAACGAUUUCCACAACCUCAAUGAAUUCAUUUUCCGCAAGACCGAGUGGUGGAUGGACUGGUCUCUGGUGAUGCUGUCUGGAACGGCGACUUUGGUGACCUACUCCUCUGUGCUCCUGGUUCUGGCGCUCUGCCUACAGCUCUGCCACCAACCCCUGAAGCUCCACUGGCUACACAAGGGCCUCCUGAUCCUAACAGCACUCGUAGUGGCAGCAGCUUUUGUGGGGCUGGAAAUCCAGUGGGCAGAGCAGUGGGAAAGCGCCUCCAUCUCCCUGCAGGCCACGGGCCCCUUCCUGCACAUCGGAGCCGUGGUGGGCAUGACGCUGCUUGCCUGGCCGGUAGCCGACUGCUUUUACCGGACAUCCCGUUCAGCCCUCCGGAUACUUCUCCUGGUCCUGUACCUGGGCGCAUUAUUCGCUUUGUACCUGGCCCCGCUGGGCAUUGACUCGCCCUGCCUUUUGGAGCAUAGCCAGCUACCCCCCAAGCCAGCUCUGUAUGGGCACCGCGGAGCUCCCAUGCUUGCACCUGAGAACACCCUGAUGUCCUUCCAGAAGGCAGCCAAUUGUGGUGUGAGUGUCUUGGAGACAGAUGUCCUGGUGAGCGCCGACUGGGUCCCUUUCAUCAUGCAUGACGAGAAGCUCACCCGGACCACAGAUGUACAAGAGGUCUUCUCAACUCGGGCCCACUCCAACGCCACCUCCUUCAACUGGGUGGAGCUGCAGCAGCUGGACGCUGGCAGCUGGUUCCUGCAGAAGCCCCCCUUCCCCACUGCAAGGCGCCUCUCGAGUGACGAACAGGCCCUGGCGCGGGCCCAGCGGAUCUUGUCUCUGAAGCAGCUGCUGGUCGAGGCCACGAGGCUCAACGUCUCGGUCAUGUUUGACCUGCGGCCAAAGGAGGACCCCCACUACGAGCACCUCGUCAACGCCACUGUGCAGACCAUCCUCCAGUCGGGAAUUGCCCCGGAGCUGAUCUUGUGGCUGCCUGACGAAUUUCGAGAACAGGUGAAGAAGGAAGCACCUGGAUUCCAGCAGAUCUAUGGCCGAAAGAGGCUGAGCAAUGAGACGGAAGAGUUUCUGCAUGUCAACCUGCCCUACCAGAACCUCAGCAGCACAGAAAUCCGGGAAUACCGCAAGGACAACAUCUCCGUCAACCUGUAUGUGGUGAAUGCCCCGUGGCUCUUCUCGAUCCUGUGGUGUGCAGGGGCCAGUUCUGUGACCACCAACAACUGCCAAGUACUGCAGGGGAUGGAGCGCCCCCACUGGCUUCUGCCUCGUGCCACGUACCAAAUGAUCUGGAUUGUGACAGACUGCGUCUCCUUCCUGCUGAUUGCCUGGGCCUUCCUGCUGCUGAAAAGAUGGUCCGGGAGAAAAGAGUCAGCAGGUUCUGACUCAGAUGUGCUCCUGACCAAGAUCCACGUCCUGCUGUCCGAGUGACGUGGGAGCACAAAGGAGGCGUGGGCCCUUUCCUUCCCGGUGCUGGCUUGGGGAAGGGGGGGGGGGACCACCUCUCUUCUUUCAAACUGCCUUUUCUGGGAAUGGCUGGGGUUUGUCAGCUGCUGCUGGCGACCCGUUGGGAGUGGCCCGCAUUCUUCAGAGCCGAAAGAAGCAGCAUUCAUGUGGUUGCUGGGCAGGACAGACUGGACUCCUGCACUUUGUGUGGGUGUUCGCCCAGUGCCUCCCUUGGCACGGCCCAGAUCCUGGCACUCCUGCAAGAGCACUGUACCUGCUGGGGCAGAGACCUGGAGCCUGCUUUGUGAAGGUCAACAUGUUCUCCUUGGUGGGGGAAGUGACCAGCAUCUUUUAAAUGUCUCUGCAGCUGUUGUCAAUAAAGCAAACUACAUGGACUGGGAAAA